UGUUUAGUUGAAGUGGCGGGGUGGGACAACGAUGCCGAACACGUGUUGCGUGCCGGGUUGCCGUUCCGGCUACAAGGGCACGACCGAAAAGGUGUCGUUGUUCCGUUUGCCUAUUGACAAGGAACAGCGCGAGAAAUGGAAGCGGGCCAUACCGCGGCAGGAAGGUGGCGGUUUUAACUUCGAAUCGAAGUAUACGCGUGUGUGCGCGAAACAUUUCGACGCCUCCGACAUCGUCACUGCGUACAAUUUCAACAUCAACGGCGACGCCGUGUCCCUGGAGCGAGAGCAGCCGACGCUGAAGACUAACGCCGUUCCAAGGAUUUUUGAAGGCCUUCCAGCGUACCUCACGAAGCCCAAACCUCGGUCCCGCUCAUCGACAGUUCGACCCUCACGCAAACGACCACGUGAGUCGUCGGGUACGGUUGAAGUGCGCCGAUCAUCGCCGACGCCGUGUUCAGACUGGACUGAUGCUGCAUCAGCGAAUGACGAUUUGGCGCUUAGUGACCCGGUCGAAGACCACCACACAGACAAGGCUUCUCAAACAGACCGCGUGGUUGGCUGUACCAGCUGUGCUGAAGUGCAGACGUUGAGGUGCCAGCUUCGAGCCGCGAAACAGCAGCUUCAACAAUGCCAAGGAAAACUUGCCAAAUUGCGAGUGCAGUCUGCCAAGUACAAACGGCAACAGCAGAACCUUCAAAGCCUUUCAGAUCGCGAGAAAUUGAUUAUUGAUCAGUGUGUGAUGAAGGCGAGCGCCAAGUCUGCUCGAGCUGUGCGGUAAGUUCGAAGCACUGCAUCACAUAUAUAGUA